GGAAAGGAGCCCAUCGCAGAGUAAGGUCAACACUCUAAUAGACAGGUUCUGUCGAACUGACCGCUCUGACCUCUUAGCAUCAUGUUUAUACACGGUUUGCAAGGCCACCCUCAGCUAACCUGGAGUACGAAGAUUCGCAAGCCAGGUGUCAAGCCCGUCUUUUGGCCACGGGACCUUUUACAAGAAGACGCCCCAGAGUGUCGAGUCAUGACAUUCGGUUAUGACUCUUCAGUGGCCGGAUGGGGAACGUGCAAUUGGGGGACUAUUGUGCAGUAUGCAAGGGACCUUAGGUUUGCCCUUGACAGACAGAGGGCGACGUGUCCGAAUCGGCUAUUGUUCUUCGUCGCCCACUCAAUGGGAGGUCUUAUCACGACGACCCUGUUGAAGGAUUGGCAAAUUGGGGGCCAUACUAGCGAGUUGAAAAACUCUGUCAAGGGUUUUUUAUUCCUCGGUAUACCUCACUGUGGGAGUAAGCAUGCAGCAUGGGCCCUCCGGGUCUCUGGAUUUUUCAAGCUAGGGGCUGUGGCGGGCAUCGCCACUAAUCUUAAAAACCUCCGGGCACUGUAUCCCCAUACACAGGAGCAGCAGGACCUCCUGCAGGAAUUUCAAGAGAAGUGGAAGAUAUAGAAGUUUCGUGUUAAAACGUUUCAAGAAGACUGAGAAUAUUGUAUUCUUGGGAAGAUUGUUCCGGAUCAGUCCUUAUCCCUGGGCCGAGCCGAGGAGCAGGCGGAACAUCUUAAUGCCGAUUAUACCGGCAUGGUUUACUUCUCUUCUAGAGAAGACCCUAGAUACUGCCAGGUAUGGGAUAUAAUUAGCCCCUGGUUAGUAAGUCUCAGAGAAAUAAACAGAUUCGGGGAGACAAUGAUUGAAAGCUCCUUUGAGGGUGGUGACUCAGAGAUCAAGCACUAGGGCUGACGACAUGCAAUUGGGUAUGAGAGCGUGAUGACGGGUCUGCUUUGGGAUGUUUUGGGAGAAUGUUAGUUCGACUUGGGGAGUACUUAUGGGACGUCUGUGAUAUGAAUCCGAUGGAUACUUUGUCUCCAGAGAAGCCCCGUCGAACGGUCUCUCUAUCCGGCUUAGCGUAGAACGGAGCCUCCAACCACCGGAGGAUAG